AGAAAUAACUCCUUUCUCUUUCCUUCUUCUGGUUCAGCACCGGAACCGGUUUUUUUCUCGGCGGAGAGCAGAAGGCUAAUGGAAUUUGCUUCCGCUGUUCACCGCAGCGGCAUUCGGACUUCUCUCAAGUUCGAUCCUGUCCCGCUUAGGGUUUCGCCUCCAGUUCACGCUCCGAGAUGGAUUAGUGUCCCGUUCACCAAUCCUCAUCUCCGUACUUUGUACUCAGCUAGUCAUCGUCGCGCCAAAUGUUCUCCUCUCGCCUGCUCCAGAGGAACUGAACAAGAUGACUACUUAUCAACAGAAGGUGAGACAACAAGUUUACAGUCAGAUGAUGAUAUUUACACUGCUAGUGCCUCUCAUGCUGAUAAAGAGGACAAAAGUCAGGGAAAUGUAUCCUAUAAAUCAUCAAUUACAACUGUUGCUUUGUGUGUGUGCACGGCUGUGGCAUUUGGAAUAGGUGUUGGCUUGAAAGAUGGAGUUGGCAAGGCUUCAGAGUUUUUUACAGGGUAUAUAUUGGAGCAGAGUUUGUCAGUGGACAACCUAUUUGUCUUUGUUCUGAUAUUUAAGUACUUUAAAGUGCCACUUAUGUAUCAGGUUCCUUACAAAUCUCCUCUCCCUUUAGAUCAGCAUUAUGAAUCUAUGAUUCCUCUUAACAAUGUGAUUGAACGCUGUCAGAUGUUUGCAUGAUCAUUUUUUGAUAUUGUCUGUAUGCCUGAUUUAGAUAAACCAUUUCAUGCCGUCCCUUGCUUGUUAAGGUUGUCUUGUUUGAACUAUAGAAUAGAGUACUUUCAUACGGCAUUGCUGGUGCAAUUGUCUUUCGCUUGUCACUGAUACUACUUGGAACAGCUACCCUUCAGAGGUUUGAGGCUGUUAACCUGCUGCUGGCAGUCAUACUAUUGUACUCAUCUUUCAAGCUAUUUGCCAAUGAAGAGGAUGACACCAAUUUAUCUGACAACUUUAUAGUGAAGACAUGCCAGAGAUUUAUCCCUGUCACAAAUUAUUAUGAUGGCAACAAAUUUCUAACUACACAGGAUGGCAUUUGGAAAGUCUCAAACAUUUUGGACAGGCCACACCUUUGCUUCUCACAGUAGCGGUUAUUGAGCUAAGUGAUAUAGCAUUCGCUGUAGGUUCUCACAAUUCCUAUUCAACGUCUGGCAUAUGUCUAUCUCUACAAACAUUUGCAUUAGACUGUUGAUAAAUGAGAUGGUAGGAAUACUGAUGCAGGUCUUUAUUUCCUUUAGGUUGAUUCAAUACCGGCUGUUUUUGGUGUUACCCGGGAUCCUUUCAUAGUUUUUACAUCUAAUCUCUUUGCCAUCUUAGGCCUAAGGUCACUUUACACUCUGAUUUCUGAGGGAAUGGCAGAGUUGGAAUAUUUGCAGGUAAAGAUUUACUUACUAACUUGUGUUUUUAAGCUUCAACUAGAUAUGAUUAAACAUGAAAUGAAUUUUAAUAAAUUUGUUUCAAUUGUUACCAAGCAUCUGAUGGAGCUGCUACUUGCAUAUUAUUGAGAGAGUAAGAUCAGAAGGUUGUGAAUGUAAUUUUCUGAUACUCUUAAAUGCACCAUACUAGACAAAGUUCUUAAUCUAAUACAUAUGAAAAUAUCCUAUUUAUCCCCAUGUAAAGUUAUAAUCUUCAGAAUCUUCAUGUAUUAGAUGACUGCUGAAGCAUAUUUUGCUGUGAAGAUGCCUUUUAUCUCUACUUUAAUUGCUGAUUGCUUACCAUUCUCAACUUUUUGGUCACUUUGACACCGUACGAAUGUAGUAAGUCUGAUUCUGUACUGAUGGAAUUUCUUUUCCUGCUUUCCUUUUGGCAGCCUUCCAUCGCAGUUGUUCUGGGCUUCAUUGGGUGUAAAAUGAUCCUUGAUUUCUUCGGGUUUCAUGUCUCUACGGAGGCAUCACUUGGUUUAGUCGCAACAAGUCUUACUGCUGGGGUGCUGUUGAGUUUGGUGAACAAGGCUGACUAAUCAAAAUAGAAAUCACGCACCGGAGCGCCUGAAAUGUGUAUCCUAUGUAACAUUCUUUCACAUAACAACAACCCAGGCAGCCUAGUUGUUGUUUGCUCUUCUCUUAUCUCCAAUUCCUGAACAAUCAAUGAAUGAAUAAUAAUGAUAUUAUUUCCCAGUUGACAUUUAUAAACCAAUAAUGAUAUC